AUGACCCAUAUUUUCUAUUUUUUCUAUGGAUUCUGUCUGUGUCUUAGCCUGCUCUGUGCACUUUUUGUGGUCAUCUGGAAUCUUCACUGGAGAGGUGGGUUUGCCUGGGAUAGAUCACUACUACACUUUAACUGGCAUCCUGUGCUGAUGGUGUCUGGACUAGUCAUUCUCUAUGGAAAUGCUGCAGUUGUGUAUCGCAUACCAUUCACCUGGAAGCAGAGGAAACUAGUUUGUAAAUUGGUCCAUGCUGGAAUGAUGUUUGUGGCCCUCCUCCUGUCAAUACUUGGUCUGAGUGCUGUCUUUGACUUCCAUCGAGGAUUCAACAUCCCACACAUGUACUCCCUGCACAGCUGGGUGGGCAUCAGCACUGUGCUCCUGUUUGCGUCUCAGUGGAUACUUGGCUCGAUUGGUUUCUUGUUACCUUGUUCUCCACCAUGGAUGCGAAGUUUUCUGAAACCUGUGCAUAUUUGGAUGGGAAGAAUUAUUCUGGUAUUCAGCCUGGCCUCCUGCAUCAGUGGCAUCAAUGAGAAACUGCUCCUAACUCUAAAUGGGAUAAGUGCAGCCCUGUACAAUGCACUGCCCGUGGAAGCAGUGUUUGUGAAUUUCCUGGGGAUACUGAUUAUGGCUUUUGGAAUGGCAAUCUUUGGAAUUCUGUUUGUUAAGAAAUGGCAGCGACCAGAAGACGAAGGCCCAGAAAACGCCUACCUUCUUCUUAGUGAAGACACCCCAUGAACAUCUCCACCCUUUUCAUCAUAUGAAAGAACAAGACACCAAGAAA